UCAAAGAGAGGAUUGAGGGACACUCACCGACCAUGGCAGAGAAAAGAAAACAACUGCAGUGUGGAUAAAACUCAGGAGAAUCCCAGGAACCUCUUGAUGCUUUCUUUCUAAUGGGAAUUUAAACUCCUCAAUUUACUGGAUUGCACAAAGCACUUUUCACCGCAGGUGAGAUGGACGGCAGGAGCAAAGCUAAGAGCAGAUCUGUAAAAAGGCAAGUACGUCUCCUCUUCUUAUUGUCUUUCGUCUGCCAGACCGUCUCAGAGCACCUUCGCUAUUCAAUUCCAGAGGAAAUGGGAAAGGGUUCCGUUGUGGGGAAUCUUGCCAAGGAUCUGAAACUGAGUAUUGCAGAAGUGGGAAAUCGCAACCUGCAUAUCCUUUCAGUAGGCAGAAAACAAUACUUCUCCAUUAAUGCUGAAAAUGGGAAUCUGUAUGUAAAAGACAGGAUUGACAGAGAGGAAAUCUGUGGGGAAACUGCACUCUGCCCCAUCAGUUUUGAAGUGGUGAGUACAAACCCCAUGGACAUAUUUUACAUAACAGUAGAGAUCCAGGAUAUUAAUGACAAUGCACCACAUUUCUUAAAUGGUGAUAUCAAGCUAGAGAUAAUUGAAUCCACUUUACCAGGAGCUACAUUUCUUCUUCCACAAGCAGAAGAUCCUGAUAUUGGAACAAAUUCUCUUCAGAAUUAUCAUUUAAGCAUUAAUAAAUAUUUCAUUUUAGCAAUUAGCAAGCAAGACUCUUUAAACAAGUAUGCAGAAUUAGUACUGGAAAAACAAUUGGAUCACGAAAGUGAAAGUACUGUUAGUUUAACCCUUACUGCUCUUGACGGAGGAAACCCUGCAAAAACUGGAACAGCCAAAAUACAAAUUACAGUCAUAGAUGCUAAUGACAACCCACCUGUCUUCAGUCAAAAAUUGUACAAAGUCAGCCUCAGAGAGAAUGUGUCAAAGGGAUCUACUGUAAUACAAGUCAAAGCUACAGACAAAGAUGAUGGUUCCAAUGGCCAGAUCAACUAUUUCUUUAGCAACAUUGCCGAUAAUGUGCAUCAAAAAUUUGAGUUAGAGCCACAUAAUGGAAUUAUAACAAUAAGGGAAGAGCUGGAUUUUGAGGAAACAGAGAAAUACACAAUGGUGGUAGAAGCAAGAGAUGGAGGUGGCUUAGUGGCUCAUUGUAACAUUGAAGUAAAUCUGGUAGAUGUGAAUGACAAUGCCCCAGAAGUGAUUCUCGCUUCCUCAUCCAGAGAAAUUCCUGAAAACUCUCCAUUAGGAACAUUAGUUGCCCUUAUCAAUAUAAAGGAUGAAGAUUUGGGGGAUAAUGGGGAGGUCAACUGCCAUUUACAGAAUGCUUCCCCAUUCAGAAUAGUAUCAGCAGCUAAUAGCUACUAUAAGCUGCUAACAGAUGGUCCCUUAGAUAGAGAAAGCACCCCAGCAUACAAUCUUACAAUCACAGCCACAGACAAAGGUAUGCCCCCUCUUUCUACACAGAAAACCAUCUCACUGGAGAUUUCAGAUAUCAAUGAUAAUGCCCCUACCUUUGAGAAAUCCUCAUACACUGUUUAUGUGGCAGAGAACAAUCCUGCUAGCACCUCCAUCUUCAGCAUCAAAGCUGUGGACCCCGAUCUUGGUAGCAAUGCUAGGAUCACCUACUCCAUCCUCACUAGCAAAAUAGAGGCACUACCUCUCCCAUCUUACCUCUCCAUUAACUCAGAAAGUGGCACCCUCUAUUCUCAAAGGUCUUUUGACUAUGAGCAACUCAGGGAGUUUGAAGUACAGGUGAAGGCUGAAGAUGGAGGCUCCCCACCUCUCAGCAGCAAUGCCACAUUGAGAUUGUUCAUCCAGGACCAAAAUGACCAAAGCCCUCAAAUUCUGUAUCCCUCUCCAGGAGCAGAGGGCUCAGCCUCCUUUGAGAUGGUGCCUCGCUCGGCAGAGAUGGGGUACCUGGUUACAAAGGUGGUGGCUGUGGACUCUGACUCUGGGCACAAUGCCUGGCUGUCUUAUCAUCUACUGCAAGCUACUGAGCCAGGACUCUUCACAAUUGGUGCCCACACGGGUGAAAUCAGGACACUGCGGACGUUUCUGGAAAGAGAUGCUCUGAAACAGAAGCUCGUGGUUUUAGUGAAGGAUAAUGGGCAACCCCCGCUCUCUGCUACAGUCAGUCUCAAUCUGAUUUUUGCUGAAAACUUCCAAGAGGCACUGCCAGAAAUAAAUAACCAAACCAUGGAUUCAGAGCAACAGUCUGAGCUCCAGUUCUAUCUAGUGCUGGCCUUAACUUUGAUCUCCUUUCUGUUCCUCUUGACUGUAACUCUAGUUAUUAUGAUGAAACUCCGACAGUCGGGGAAUCUGACAUUUCUUCCAUGCUUUGCUCCCAUUCCCCAUUCAAGCAAUGCCAUUAUAUUCCCACCCAAUUAUGAGGAAGGGACUAUUCCUUAUUCCUAUCAGCUCUGUUUAUCGUCCGAGUCCAAGAUACACGAAAUUACUUUUCCAGCACCCAAAGUUCAACCUACAGAAUAUAUUUCAUGCAACCAAAAUUCUGAUGUUCUUCUGCCUACUAAUGUCCUAAAUUCUGAGAUGGAGAAAAUUGAUUUGGUGAGUUUUCUUUUGAAGAAAACUCCUCAGUUUACUGGAUUGCACAAAGCACUUUUCACCGCAGGUGAGAUGGACAGCAGGAGCAAAGCUAAGAGCAGAUUUGUAAAAAGGCAAGUACAUCUCCUCUUCUUAUUGUCUUUCGUCUGCCAGACUGUCUCAGAGCAUCUUCGCUAUUCAAUUCCAGAGGAAAUGGGAAAGGGUUCCGUUGUGGGGAAUCUUGCCAAGGAUCUGAAACUGAGUAUUGCAGAAGUGGGAAAUCGCAACCUGCAUAUCCUUUCUUUAGGCAAAAAGCAAUACUUUUCCAUUAAUGCUGAAAAUGGGAAUCUGUAUGUAAAAGACAGGAUUGACAGAGAGGAAAUCUGUGGGGAAACUGCACUUUGCCCCAUCAGUUUUGAAGUGGUGAGUACAAACCCCAUGGACAUAUUUUACAUAACAGUAGAGAUCCAGGAUAUUAAUGACAAUGCACCACAUUUCGUAAAUGAUGAUAUCAAACUAGAGAUAAGUGAAUCCUCUUUACCAGGAGCUACAUUUCUUCUUCGACAAGCAGAAGAUCCUGAUAUUGGAACAAAUUCUCUUCAGAAUUAUCAUUUAAGCAUUAAUAAAUAUUUCAUUUUAGCAAUUAGCAAGCAAGACUCUUUAAACAAGUAUGCAGAAUUAGUACUGGAAAAACAAUUGGAUCGUGAAAGUGAAAGUACUGUUAGUUUAACCCUUACUGCUCUUGAUGGAGGAAACCCUGCAAAAACUGGAACAGCCAAAAUACUGAUUACAGUCAUAGAUGCUAAUGACAACCCACCUGUCUUCAGUCAAAAAGUGUACAAAAUCAGCCUCAAAGAGAAUGUGUCAAAGGGAUCUACUGUAAUAGAAGUCAAAGCUACAGACAAAGAUGAUGGUUCCAAUGGCCAGAUCAACUAUUGCUUUGGCAACAUUGAUGAUAAUGUGCAUCAAAAAUUUGAGUUAGAGCCACAUAAUGGAAUUAUAACAAUAAGGGAAGAGCUGGAUUUUGAGGAAACAGAGAAAUACACAAUGGUGGUAGAAGCAAGAGAUGGAGGUGGCUUAGUGGCUCAUUGUAACAUUGAAGUAAAUCUGGUAGAUGUGAAUGACAAUGCCCCAGAAGUGAUUCUCGCUUCCUCAUCCAGAGAAAUUCCUGAAAACUCUCCAUUAGGAACAUUAGUUGCCCUUAUCAAUAUAAAGGAUAAAGAUUCGGGGGAUAAUGGGGAGGUCAACUGCCAUUUACAGAAUGCUUCCCCAUUCAGAAUAGUAUCAGCAGCUAAUAGCUACUAUAAGCUGCUAACAGAUGGUCCCUUAGAUAGAGAAAGCACCCCAGCAUACAAUCUUACAAUCACAGCCACAGACAAAGGUAUGCCCCCUCUUUCUACACAGAAAACCAUCUCACUGGAGAUUUCAGAUAUCAAUGAUAAUGCCCCUACCUUUGAGAAAUCCUCAUACACUGUUUAUGUGGCAGAGAACAAUCCUGCUAGCACCUCCAUCUUCAGCAUCAAAGCUAUAGACCCCGAUCUUGGUGGCAACGCUAGGAUCACCUACUCCAUGCUCACUAGCAAAAUAGAGGCACUACCUCUCCCAUCUUACCUCUCCAUUAACUCAGAAAGUGGCACCCUCUAUUCUCAAAGGUCUUUUGACUAUGAGCAACUCAGGGAGUUUGAAGUACAGGUGAAGGCUGAAGAUGGAGGCUCCCCACCUCUCAGCAGCAAUGCCACAUUGAGAUUGUUCAUCCAGGACCAAAAUGACCAAAGCCCUCAAAUUCUGUAUCCCUCUCCAGGAGCAGAGGGCUCAGCCUCCUUUGAGAUGGUGCCUCGCUCGGCAGAGAUGGGGUACCUGGUUACAAAGGUGGUGGCUGUGGACUCUGACUCUGGGCACAAUGCCUGGCUGUCUUAUCAUCUACUGCAAGCUACUGAGCCAGGACUCUUCACAAUUGGGGCCCACACGGGUGAAAUCAGGACACUGCGGACGUUUCUGGAAAGGGAUGCUCUGAAACAGAAGCUAGUGGUCUUAGUGAAGGAUAAUGGGCAACCCCCGCUCUCUGCUACAGUCAGUCUCAAUCUGAUCUUUGCUGAAAACUUCCAAGAGGCACUGCCAGAAAUAAAUAACCAAACCAUGGAUUCAGAGCAACAGUCUGAGCUCCAGUUCUAUCUAGUGCUGGCCUUAACUUUGAUCUCCUUUCUGUUCCUCUUGACUGUAACUCUAGUUAUUAUGAUGAAACUCCGACAGUCGGGGAAUCUGACAUUUCUUCCAUGCUUUGCUCCCAUUCCCCAUUCAAGCAAUGCCAUUAUAUUCCCACCCAAUUAUGAGGAAGGGACUAUUCCUUAUUCCUAUCAGCUCUGUUUAUCGUCCGAGUCCAAGAUACAUGAAAUUACUUUUCCAGCACCCAAAGUUCAACCUACAGAAUAUAUUUCAUGCAACCAAAAGUCUGAUGAGCUUUUGGCCAGCAAUGGAUUCAAUAUCCUAAAUUCUGAGAUGGAUAAAUCUAGUUUGGUGAGUUUUCUUUUCUUCCUUUUUCUUUUUUACCAGUACUACCUUUAUAGUCAUAACCGUCCUUUAAAAUAUAUUAUGAUUUUGAGGCAGUCACUUUAUCGCCGAGGAGAUGGAUCGAGGGCAAGGAGGGAAGGCAGAGCAAUCCGAAGGCAAGUACUAUCGCUCUUAGUCUUGUCGCUUUCCUACCGGGCCGUCUCCGAACAGAUUCAUUAUUCGAUCCCCGAGGAGAUGUCAAAAGGUUCUAUAGUGGGGAAUCUUGCAAAGGAUCUAGGACUGAGUCUCAAAGGACUGGCAAGUCGCAAAAUGCAUGUCAUCUCUGCGGACAAGGUGCAGUAUUUCACAAUUAGUGCAGGAAAUGGAAACCUCUGUGUGAAUGACAGGAUAGAUAGGGAAGAAAUAUGUGGCCAAAUCCCACUGUGUGUUCUUAAUAUUGAAUUAGUUAUUGAAAAUCCGUUAAAUAUUUACCAUCUAAAAAUAGAGAUACAAGACAUUAAUGAUAAUUCUCCACAGUUUCUCAGUAGCAUAAUCCAGUUGGAGAUAAUUGAAACCACACAAAUAGGCACCAGAUUCCUUCUUGGGAAUGCCAAAGAUCCAGACAUUGGCACAAACGCUUUACAGAAUUAUCAUCUUAGCACCAAUCCUUACUUUACUUUGGAUGUGAAAGAGAGUCAAGAUGGAAGUAAAUUUGCAGAUUUAGUACUGCAGAAACCACUUGAUCGCGAAAGUGAACCAACAGUUCAGCUAACACUUACUGUGCUAGAUGGCGGGAAACCCAGAAAAACUGGAACAGCCCAAAUAUGGAUCAAUGUCACUGAUGCCAAUGAUAAUCCGCCUAUAUUUACCCAAGAAAUCUACACUGUCAAUCUGAGGGAAAAUCUACCAGUUGGGUUCCUGGUGCUGCAACUUGUAGCUUCAGAUAAAGAUGAAGGUUCAUAUGCACAAAUCAGAUAUUAUUUUAGCAAUAUACCGCUGAGUGCAAAUAAGAAGUUCAGGCUAGAUUCAACCAGUGGAAUGAUUUUUCUUGUGCAACCAUUGGACUUUGAGGAAAGCUCAGAAUAUGUGAUGACUGUAGCAGCAAAAGAUGGAGGUGGAUCAAUGACCCAUUGCAAAGUAGAAAUAAAGGUCCUUGAUGAGAAUGAUAAUGUGCCAGAAAUUAUAACUGUAUCUGUUUUUAGUCCCAUUCUAGAAGAUUCUCAGUCUGGGACAGUUACUGCUCUCAUCAAUGUACAUGACAGAGAUGCUGGUGAUAAUGGAGAGGUUACUUGCUAUUUGCAAAAUAAUUUGCCAUUCAAGAUUCUUCCAUCAUCUAAAAAUUAUUACAAGCUCAUGACAGACAGACCCCUGGACAGAGAAAAAGCAUCUCAGUAUAAUAUUACAAUCACAGCCAUUGACAAGGGAAGCCCUCCACUGAGCGCAAAUAAAACUAUCUUGCUGCAGAUCUCUGAUAUCAAUGACAAUGCUCCUGCUUUUGAAAAAGCUUCUUAUAGCAUCUAUGUGCCAGAGAAUAAUCCUUCUGGUGCCUCCAUCUUCCAAAUUCAAGCCUUUGAUCUGGAUGUGGAUCAAAACUCACAGAUCACAUAUUCAAUCCUCACCAGCAACAUUGAAGAACUUCCCAUCUCCUCCUAUAUCUCCAUUCACUCUGAGACCGGGAUCAUCUACGCCCAGCGAUCCUUUGACUAUGAGCAGUUCAGGGAAUUCCAGCUGCAGGUGAAGGCCCAAGAUGGCGGGAGUCCCCCUCUCAGCAGCAAGGUCAUAGUCAGGGUGUUUAUCCUGGAUCGGAAUGACAACAGUCCCCAGAUCCUGUCCCCUUCACCAGACUCCAAGGACUCUGCCCUCUUUGAGAUGGUCCCUCGUUCAGCUGAGGCAGAUUAUCUGGUAACAAAGGUGGUGGCUGUGGAUGCUGAUUCUGGACACAAUGCCUGGCUCUCCUACCAGCUGAUUCAAGCCACAGAACCGGCCCUCUUCACUGUUGGCUCCCAUACGGGUGAGAUCAGGACAGCAAGAACCUUUUUGGAAAGAGAUGUUGUGAAACAGAGACUGGUCCUUCUGGUGAAGGAUAAUGGACAACCGACUCUCUCGGCCUCUGUCACUCUGAACCUGGUGUUUGCUGAGAACUUCCAAGAGGCCCUUCCAGAGAUGAAAAACCAGAUGAAGAGUUCAGAGGAUCAGUCGGAUUUGCAGUUCUAUUUGGUGGUGGCCUUAGCUGUGAUGUCAUUCCUAUUUCUCUUGACAGUGAUUCUGGCAAUUGCAAUGAAACUGCGGCAUGCAGGCAGUCCCAGAUUCCUACAGUGCUUUGGUCCUACUCCCCAAUCCACAGCUGGAGUCCUAUUUCCACCCAAUUUUCAGGAUGGGACUCUGCCUUAUUCCUACCAGCUUUGCCUCUCCUCAGAAACCAGAAAGAAUGAAUGUAUGUUCUUGACACCAAACAUUCAUAUUGCAGAGAAUGUGCUUUGUGGUGAAAACACUGAGGUGCCUCUUUCAAGCAAUGGAGAAAGCAGUUUGCAUCUUGAGUUGGAAAAUAACAGGAAGGUAAAUGCAUACUCCUAUAUUAGUUUAUUCAGAAGCUGA